AUGGAGGCUUUACUGGAAGGAAUGCAAAGGAAUGGGCCAGGGAGUGGUGGGUUCCUGACAUCCUGUGAGGCUGAGCUGCAGGAGCUAAUGAAGCAGAUCGACAUUAUGGUGGCUCACAAGAAAUCCGAGUGGGAGGGACAGACACAGGCCCUGGAAGCUUGCCUGAGUGCUCGGGAGCAGGAGCUUUCCUCUGCCAGGGCUGCUCUGCAGGAAAAGCAUAAGGAGGUUUGCAUGUUGCGUAGCCAGGUCGAAGAUGUGGAGAAAUCCAAGCAGGACAUGGUUAGAGAGUAUGAGCAGCAGCUGAAGAAUUUCCAAGAGGAGUUAUCCCAGCUGAGGAGGAGCUAUGAGAAGCUGCAGAAGAAAAAAACAAGGGGAAGCAGAGGAGAAGUUAACAAGGGAUCAGAGGAGGAGGAUUUUGAAUUGAGUCAUCUGACCAGGAAGCUGGAGGAGUUCCGUCAGAGGUCCCUUGACUGGGAGAAGCAGCGCCUGCGGUACCAGCAGCAGGUGGCAUCGCUGGAGGCACAGCGCAAGGCUCUGGCCGAGCAUUCUGAGCUCGUUCAGAGCCAGCUGGCCAAUCGGAAGCAGAUCCUGGACUCGGUGGAGCUGGCCAGCCGCUCGGAAAUCCAGCACUUAACCAGCAAGCUGGAGAGGGCCAACGACACCAUCUGCGCCCGCGAGCGCGAGGUGGAGAGGCUCAGCAUGAGAGUGGAUGACCUGACCGAGAGCAAACGGAUCAUCCUGGAAGAUCAGCAGAGGGUUGAAGAAGAAUUAAGGCAGUCCAAGAAGAAGUUAGAGGUGCUGCAGGAUGAGAAGAUGGAACUGAGAGCCACCUUGCAGUCUCAAGAAGAUUUCAUUGACAGCUCCAAGCUGCACCAGGAACAGUUACAGAAGGAGCUGAACAGAAUGACUGAAACUCUUCACACAAAAGAACUCUUCAUCAGGGCCAUGGAGGAACGCUUGCAAGGGAAGCAGUUCUGUUCUCCAGGGCUGGAGCUGGAGCACAUAUUGCUGGAGCUGGAUGUUGCCCAGAGGAAGGAACAGCGCUUGCAGGCAGAGGUGACUCGUCUGGAGAACAGCCUGGUGUCUUCAAAUGCCAGGUGUGUACAGCUGAGCGAGGAGCUGGAUGAGAGUGUCAGAGAGCUGCAGUCCACCCAAGGACACCAGUCGGAGACAAAGGCGCAGAUUUUAAAGCUGAAGGAGCAGCUCUCUCAUGCUGAACUGAGGCACAGCAGUGAGCUGGAAGGGAUGAGAAGGGAGAUCUCCAGGCUGACACAGGAGCUGCACCAACGGGACAUCACCAUUGCCACGGCAAGUGGCUCCACGUCUGACCUGGAGCAGCGGCUGAGGGCAGAGAUUGAAAGAGCAGAGAGGAAAGCUGCAGAGCACAGGGUCAUUCUGGUCCAGCUGGAAACCCUCAAGCAGGAAAACUGUCGCCUCUCCGAGAUGCUGGAGAAAGCAGAGAGUGGUGUGCUGGAGGGAGCAGAUGUCACCCUGAGACCACUCGCUGAAGACUACGCUGUUGAGCUGAGGAAGUUGAGGUCUGAGAACCAGCAGCUGCGGAAGGAUCUCGCAGAGACCAGGGCGAAACUGCAGGUCUGCCUGGAUGAGCCUAAGGGCACUGCUCAGCAGGGGCAAGGUGGAGAGCCUGAGACCAGGGAUGUGCAGUACAGGACAGCUCAGGAAGCACAGCAGCCUGAACAAGCAGAGGGAUAUGGGACUGCUGAAAGAGGAGCUGUGAGCCCUGAGACAGGUGAACCACCCUCCCAGACCAGCAGGAAGAACUGCAAGGAGUCACCUGCCUUGCUGGGAGCAGAGUCUUUGCACCAUGUGGGGGAUGAAAACAAAGAUUCUGCAGAUGAAGCAUCUAAGCAGCCUGUCUCGAGUCAUCAGAGAGAAUCUGUGCCCUUGUGCCCCUUGCCUACAGCUUCUGUUGGAUCCAUAGCUGCAAGGUUCCUGGAAGAAGAAGAAGUGAGAUCUCAGCACAUCCUGGAGUGCCUGAAUGCUCACAUUGAGGAGCUGAAAAAGCAGAGUGCAAAGAUAGUGAGGCGGUUUGAGCACCAGGAGUGA